AAAUAAUCGGUUUUUAUAUAAUCGAUUUUAAAUCAUGUACUGAUGUACAUAUCUGAUGAUACGUAUCACAUUUUGGGUAAUAGUUUGACGUUUAUUAUUCUCUGAUGAGGUGGUGUGGGUUUUUAUAAAAUUUGUGUUCGCCGGCAAAUAAUUACAAUUGUGCGUAAUUUGUUUGGUUAUAGUGAUUAAAUAAUCUUAAAAUGUCUAAUAAUUAUAUAAAACCCUGGUGAAACAAUCGCAGUGUAAAUGUAACGUUUGUGGAAUACAAAACAUGUAAAGUGACGCGGGAACUUUGUACCCCUUUAGUUGGACAUUAUAGAAAAAAAAUGGAUUUAAAAGACAAGGACUGGAAGGAAAAGUUGGGUUUCCCAAUAAACUACGAUUCAGGACAAAGUUCGGAAGAAGAUAACGACGCGAAGGAGGUCGUGAUGAGGCAUCCGAGGCAGUCGUCAAGAUUCUUGCUCGAGGAGAAUGGCGAUGGGUCGGAAGCCGAUCUUCUUGGUACCACGCCUCCUCGUGCUCGCAUUAGGGAUAAAGAAAAGAGGAGAUUAACCCAGAUUCAGUUUUCUCCAAUAGAGCGUCUCAAGAAGCGCAGCAGCCUCAAACUUAUUAGAUCAAAGGAGAAGGACUGGAAGGAUAGUCAACGUGAACCCAGGGCUGACUCCCUUCCAUCUCCGAACCCUCAAGCCGCUGUGCCCACUUUGGUGGAAUCCUGUAGUCGUUUCAUGUCGCUAACGUCUCGACUGAAAUGUCGGGAGGUUUGUGAGACUGAGAUCCAAGAAAGGAAUGAAGACGAGCUGCCCGCCAGUCGAGUCAACUUCCACAAUACCUUCAGCAUGCUCAUCAAUAUGGGCAACAUUGAGAAGGGAUGUCGGCGUACCAUAAGUCGUGAGGAACAAGUCUGGCAGAAUGAGCUAAAAGAUCUUAUAUGGCUUGAAUUGAAAGCAAAACUUGCGGGUCGUACUCUGAGUCAGCAAGAUGAAUUUCUUUGUGCGCAGAGAAACAAUAUCCCGGUUAUUGUACAGAGAAUUAGGGAAUACAAGUUCGUCAACCGAGAUCCCUGUAGGAACAAAUCGCAGAGAUUUGCUUUUGACGGUUCUGAUGACGAACAGAUCGACCAAGACGAUCCGACCGAGGAAAAUGAUGAUGACGCGUCCCGGUUCGGCUGCGUGUCGAUCGACUGCGGGCGGUGCGCGCGCGCGGUGGGCGCGGCCAUGCGCGAGCUGGCGGCGCUCAUGGACGCCUACGACGCGGCCGUCGCGCUCUACCCCUCCGUCGUGGCCGCCGCCGCCGACCACCCGGCGCUGUGCGAGCCCGCCACCGUCGACCGCCUGCGGGCGAUGUCCCUGUGGUAUAACACGGCGCAGCACAUGCGUCUCAAGGUGCUGUCGGUGCGUCGCAUGCUGCGUUCAGUGCGAAACAAGAGCGCACGCCUGGCGGCCGGAGACGCGGGCAGCAGAAAAUCAUCAGUAAGCACAAGACCUUGUCAAGUACGUUUCAACGUCAGCAACAGUACGAGCGACUCCAGCAACAGCGACAUUAGUGGCCACUCGGAAGGGAGGGACUCAGGGGUGGAGGACAAGGGGGAAUACGACAACCAAGCUGAUGCUGCAAAAAUUAUUCACGAAGAGAAGCAAGCUGAAAGCUGUGAAUCGAUGAAUGCACACGAAAGCACGGAAGACGUUCCGGACAGUGCUUCUGAGAAAUGUGACCGUUCGGUGACCGAGAGCGUGCCCGAAACUUAUAGCAGCAACAACAGCACCGAGACCACGGAGAGCGGCUACGUGUCGGAGGAGCGCGAGACGCACGACGUGUUCGAGCUGGGCGCGCUGCGGGACGUGGCGCGGCUGCGCCUGCUGGGCCGCUCCGCCGUCUCCGCCUACCGCGAGACGUCGGAGGAGCGCGAGACGCACGACGUGUUCGAGCUGGGCGCGCUGCGGGACGUGGCGCGGCUGCGCCUGCUGGGCCGCUCCGCCGUCUCCGCCUACCGCGAGACGUCGGAGGAGCGCGAGACGCACGACGUGUUCGAGCUGGGCGCGCUGCGGGACGUGGCGCGGCUGCGCCUGCUGGGCCGCUCCGCCGUCUCCGCCUACCGCGAGACGUCGGAGGAGCGCGAGACGCACGACGUGUUCGAGCUGGGCGCGCUGCGGGACGUGGCGCGGCUGCGCCUGCUGGGCCGCUCCGCCGUCUCCGCCUACCGCGACUACCACCAUGAGAUACUGAAGACGCAAGGCGUGCGGCGCUGCUUGAUGUUCAUGAACAAAAUGUGCAACAAAUUACUCAUCAAGGUUUACCUCACGUUGCUCGAAUCACAGGGCGAGACAGUUGACGAUGAUAACCCAGACGCUCUCGAGGAUACUAAAGAAUCCGAACAAAAGACUGAUGCUAGUUUUCAGGAUAUCAAGAAUAUUGCUGAACUGCGCAGAUAUGGUUGUUGGAGUAAAGAAUGCCUGUCCAUGCGGCUACCUUCCUACCGGAACCACUUCCUGUUAUUAACCAGCAUUACUAUGGAAGCGGUACAUGACUACUUGUCGCUGAGGAUGGAGGGCAGGCCAGAGAACCCUUCGUGUCUGACCAUCAAGCAGUUAAUCCACGAGCUGAAGGAGGGUCUCGACAUCGCGGCGGAGGUGCGAGCGUCGUUCGCUCGGAACGUGACCGCCGCCCUGCGGGGCUCGCGGGCCACUGCGCGCACGCGCCGCGAGCUGCUGCAGCUGCUGCAAACAUACGACGCGACUGUCGCUACUGCGCUCAAGCAAUACCUGUCGUACCUGAGCAUCAUGUCGGAGAAGGAGUCGCUGAGCCGCGCGCAGCUGGCGGGCGAGUGGGCGUUCACCCAGCGCCUGGCCGCGCGCGCGCCGCCCGCCGCCGUGCUGGCGCCGCCUGCGUUUGCAGAUAUGGCGUGCAAUCAGCUCAAGAGGGUGCUCAACCGAUUCGAGGAGAAGUUCAGUAAAGUCAUGGAACUCGAGCAGAACGACCCCUCGGACGCGGACGACAAACGGCACCUGGUGUACACGCUGUGCCGCGAGACGCAGACGAUCUACGCCACGGAGCGCGAGGCGGCGCUGCAGGCCGCGCACUGGGCGCGCGCGCUCGCCUCGCGCCUGCAGCCGCGCCACCGCGGCCGCAUCUUCGAGAGUCUGAUGUCGAUCCGGACGUGCCUGGUGCGCCACACGGACCUCAUCCUCGAGAGCAGUCGCAGCACCCAGCUGGCCUCCAUGCCGAAAGACCUUCGCGACAGUGUCAGUGGCCGCGUCAGGGAAUUAUUACUGCAGGUCUACAAACUAGGCUUUGAGAUCCACAAAGAACUGCACCGAUUCGUAAACAAUUCCACCCAACGUCCGACGUUUUCUCGACCCAACGUAACCGAAUCAUCUCGAAAAAUGAAGUUUUUGAGAUCGGAAAGUAUAAACGAGGAGGCGGAACCGAACGUCCUCGACGAGACGAUCAAUGCCGUUGGGGCGCAAGACGACAUCACGGCGCUGCUGGCCGGGGCGGCGGCGGCGCGGCAGGUGCGCGAGGCGGCGGACGCGGCGCCGCUGGAGACGGAGUGCGCGGCCCGAGCGGCGCGCGCCGUGGUGCAGUUCGCGCAGUGCUGGAUGUCCUUCGUGGUGGAGCGCUGCGACCGCGGCCGCGGCCUGAGGCCCAGAUGGGCGAGUCAAGGAUUAGAAUUUUUAAUGCUGGCCUGCGAUCCUUACAAUACGAAAUAUUUAAGCGACGAUGAAUUUGAGGAUCUCAAGCAGCAAAUGGACUUCUGUAUAUCCCACGUUGUAGGGUCGCGGACCCCCCCUACCCCCACUCCUCCUGCGCCUCACCGCCAGAGACAUCGGAUACAUAGUCCAAUGUCGAGCACAACCAGUACCAAUAGUAAAGAAUCUGCGAACCCUCCGACGCCUCCAGAGACAGAAAUACCUCUCUGCCUUCACAGCCCUGAAGAUACCGUCCACAGCAAACGUGUCAUGGAAGCUAUCCGCCAGUUAGAUGAGAAGCGCGACGAGAAACUACAAGCGACGAAGGCGGUCGGCAAAGUUCUUGAGUCCACCGUCAAGUGCUAUGAGCCGAAGUUGAGACAGUUGACUUUCAAGUGGCAGAGAGGAUUGAAAAUAGGCGCUGGGACAUUUGGAAAGGUGUACACGGUGGUGAACACGGAGAGCGGGCAGCUGCUGGCCAUGAAGGAGCUGAGUGUGGGCGCGGGCGACCGGCGCGCGCUGCAGCGGGCGGCCAACGAGCUGCGCGUGCUGGAGGGCGUCGUGCACCCGCACCUCGUGCGCUACUACGGCUGCGAGCUGCACCGGGAGGAAAUGCUGCUAUUCAUGGAGCUGUGCGUGGAGGGCUCGCUGGAGGCGCUGGUGGCGACGUCGGGAGCGCUGGCGGAGCACACGACCCGCCGCUACACCAAGCAACUACUCAGCGCUGUACACGAGCUGCACGCGCGCUCCAUCGUGCACCGCGACAUCAAGAGCGGCAAUAUUUUCCUCACAAAUGAAGGCCACUGCCUGAAGCUAGGAGAUUUCGGCUGUGCCGUUAAAAUCAGAGCUAACACCACAGCUCCCGGUGAACUGCAGGGCUUCGUUGGCACCCAGGCAUAUAUGGCGCCCGAAGUGUUCAUGAAAUCUUCCGGACACGGUCGCGCUGCCGACAUCUGGUCUUUGGGGUGCGUCGUCACUGAAAUGGCUUCGGGCAAGCGUCCCUUCUCGGAAUACGACAGCAACUACCAGAUAAUGUUCGUAGUGGGGAUGGGGGGACGUCCCCACAUACCAGAAACGCUAUCUCAAGAGGGUCAGCAAUUCUGUCUCAGCUGCCUCACUCACGAUCCCGACUUGAGACCGCGGGCUGAAGCCUUGAGUCUGCAUCAUUUCUUGAUGGUGAAAUCCGAUGACGACUGUAAAUGCGAACCUGCUUAUCUCAUCACAUAACGCUCGCAGUAUUUUGUUUUUUGACCAAAUAAUGUUUUACAUUAUUAUAUAAGUAUCUCGUGUUAGAAACACAUUUCCAGACAGUUCCUUUUUGAUAUGUAAACUGUUGAACGAUGGAAUAUUCGUUAUCUGUUGGAUACAAUUUGACAAAAAUAAAUGUGAUGUCAUUAAAAAAAAUAAUGUUUCAGUAAACAUUAUUUGUUUCUAAUUCAGUAAUUUGCAGUUGUUACGAUAAAUAGAACAAAAUCCCUUAAAAUAAUCAAUUUCUCUAUGCGCUAAAAGGCUUUUAUAAAUAUAUUUGUCUUAGAUAGCAAAUUAUUGUGUGAUUUGUGAAUGAUGCUUUGAUACAUUUAUAAUUAUGUAAUUAUAUUGUUUCUGACUUGGGACUGAAAAUGGACAUACGCUUAGAAUUAUAUUUAUUUAAAUACAUAUGUCCAUAGACAGAAGUAUGUGUAAGUCAUGUUCAAAUUAAAAAUUUAAGGGCCUGUUUAGCCAGUUGUGGAUAAUGGUAUUUGACAGAUGUCAAAUAGACUUUGACAGCGGGAGGUAGAAUGGGCCAAUAGGACCUGUUUCUUUUCAAUUGAACUACAAACUUAAGAUUAAUAUACGUGAAUAAAAUUAUAUAUAUAUGUA